UGGGUUGAGCUACAACAGUCCCAAAACACAGCACUUAAACUGCUGUCCCAUCCCAGCGCGCUCAGUUUUAUUUACCACACUGACGCCCCACGUUACCACAGUAACAUGACCACUUCUGUUGUAUUUAGAUAUUAAGUUACUACUACAUAUGAGUAUUUUAAAUACAUUUGGGCGUUUAACAGGAAUAAAAACAACAGCUGAUACUUAAAGAAGUUUUUCGUUUAGACCCUUGCUUAAAAAAAAUGUGUCAAAAGUCAAUAAUAAGGAAUAUAGCGUCGAUUUAGAGAAUACACACGGUUAUACAAAAGGGGGUAUUGUUAUUAAACAAAAUAUAGAAAACUGCAAAUAAAAUUGUUAUCAUGCUGAAAAAAAUAAAAAUAUUUAGCUAACGAUAACUAGCUGUUCCACUCAUCCCAACGGCAGACGGCGGUAGAGGAGCGAAGAGGAAAACGAAGACGACUAGGUCACAGUUUUAACGUCAUUUCCUGUCGGCUAAAGCGUGUUGUCUGCUAACAGGGUAAAAAUAAAUAUGGCCGCAGAGGACUACCCUCACGAGAUAGAUGAACAGCUCACGGGCUUCGACUCGUCAGUGACUUCAGUUAAAACCAUCUUGGAGCAGUUGAUGUCGAUGCCUAGAAAUGACCUGCUGCAAAAGUUGGAUCCUCUGGAUCAAGCCAAGUUGGAUCUGAUGUCUGCCUACACCCUUAAUUCAUUAUUCUGGAUGUACUUGGUAACACAAGGGAUAAAUCCCAGAGAACAUGGAAUCAAACAGGAAUUGGAGCGAAUAAGGACAUAUAUGAACAGAGUGAAAGAGAUCACAGAGAAGAAAAAAGCUGCCCGUCUGGAUAAGGGAGCUGCUGCACGCUUCGUCCGGAGUGCUCUUUAUGAUCCUGAUGAUAAGGAUUCUAAAAAAAAAGCAGCAAGCACAUCUUCAGAAACUCCUCCAUUAAAGCGUUCAAAGCAGAAAUGAAAUAAAGAAGAAGCUGCAGAGUAUGUCAAAGUGCAAAAGAUCACGACCUUUAAGGGUGAUGAACACUGGGGUAAAACAUUUUGGUCAUAAGCCACAUUUGAAGGCUAAGGUUGUCUGAUCAACAAUUACACAAGACAGCUAAACAGAACAAUCCAUCAUCAGGAUCAUAGCUUGGAGUCGUGUAAAUUUUCAUGGUUGCCCCGCAGCAGUCUGCAAAUGUGUUUGACAAGCAAAAGACUGUAGUUGCUACGUUUGACACGUCGUCUCAGGGCAGUCUCACAUACUUUUGGAUCUUGAUGCUAACAGCUGCUCUAGGUUUGAAACAUGUUGUAAUGUUCUUGUAAUGUUGCGCUGGUCUAAAUCUUUGUAUUUUGAAAGUGAUUCUAGGAAUCAAAGUUUCUUUUCUUUUUUUUCUUUUUUUUAAACAAAUGCAGUGUUUUGAACAUCAUCAAGAAAAUGGUUUUGUGAGUAUAAUGCCUUUAGCAUAAAAAUAUUCACCAAAAA